AUUGACCCAAAAGUCAGUACAAAGGGAUACGAUCAAAAUAGUCAAUUUGAUUCAAAAGUCGGUGCUCGCUAGAAUCGCUGCGCUGCGUGGGUGAGAUCUGUGCCAGGCUUGACUGGUUGAGAGAGAGAGAGUCAGUCAUGUCAUUACUAAAUUGGAGCUUUUCAAGUGCUAUGCCAUCUCAUAGCGUAGUACAGUUGAGGAAAAGCAGUAGUAUCGAUUCCAAAGGUGCUAAGCUUUUUCUCAGAAGAAAGGACACAACUGGUGCCGGUGCUGCUUCCUCCUCGAAGUCCGUGUGUCUCAGAGUUGGAAUCGAUGAAAUCGGGGAGAUUACCCACAACAAGGUAUUGAUAGUAGCAGCUUUGUCCUCGGCUAUUGGACAGCUCUCGAAGCCUUUUACUUCGGCAAUUUUUUACGGCAACAAUUUCAAUUUUAAGGCUGCCUUUCAGGCUGGAGGGCUCCCUUCUACACACUCCUCUGUAGCUGUGGCCACCGCAAUGUCUCUUGCCCUUGAAAGGGGUUUCUCUGAUGCAAUUUUCGGUUUAGCAGUUGUUUAUGCUGGCCUUAUCAUGUAUGACGCCCAGGGAGUCAGGAGGGAAGUAGGCACCCAUGCAAAAGCAUUAAACAGCCUUUUCCUGAAGACUCGGCUGGACUCACUACCCUCUGGUGUGGCUGAUGAUUUGAUUGAUUCAUCACCAGGGACAGCAUCCUCAAAUGUUGCGAGCCUUGACCCUCUAUUCUUGGAGGAACCAGGUUCUUUUGGGCCAAAACCAACCAAUGCUUCUCUACUGCUUGAGUCUGAUAACAGAAAGAGUCGAAGUGCUCCAAUGUCGGUCUCAACUAGCUUUGCUACUGAUGUUGAAGGAGAAUCAAAGGUGGUCACUCAUUGUCAGGUUCCACUAAAAGAAUCAGUGGGACAUACAGAGAUUGAAGUAAUUGCAGGUGCAUUGUUGGGUCUCUCUGUUAGCUUGGCUGUCUAUAAAAAGUCAUUUCUUUUUGAACUGUUCUUUGGGUUUUACGAUAAUAUCUGGCGUUAAGCAUACAUGAAUAAAUAUGAAAUUAGAAAUAUAUUUUUGAGGUGAGGAGUGACCUAGAGGUAAGGGCUCACUCUGGUUCACAAAUGAUUGCAAGCUCCAAUAUCAUCCCUUCCCUUUCCCC